AUGGGGAAAGGAGCCCAAAAGCCAAAGUCUUCAGUGGAAGAGGAAGAAGUGUUGAACAACUGCGAUAAGGGGAAAGGAGCCCAAAAGCUUUCAGAGCAAGGGGAAGCGUUGAACAACUGCAGCGAUGUAGAGGAAGGAUAUAAACGUGGGUCCAUCACCAAGCAGCCCGACUGGAAAGGAUCCCACUCGUUGCGGGUUUUCAUCCCCGUGUGUGUGGUGCUGGUGCUCCUCAUCUUCGCCCUGCUGGUGACCUUGACCGUGGUACAUUUGGGACACCGUUUGCCUCGCCCCGAGUUCUUCCAUGUGUGCCCAGACACCUGGCUUGGUUUCCAGGGGAAAUGUUAUUAUUUUUCUAAGACUGAGAGCAAUUGGACCGACAGUCAGGAAAUCUGUGAGACCAUGGGAGCUUCGCUGGCCCUCAUAAACACCGCAGAUGAACUGGCCUUCAUUAAACGCUAUAAAGGCAAAGCUAACCACUGGUUUGGGCUGCGCAAGGAGGACGACAGCUGGUGGUGGACCAACGGCACAGCCUUCAACAACUGGUUUGAGGUGCGGGGAGGUGGGUCCUGCGCAUACCUGAACGAGGAGAGGAUCAGCUCGUCCCUCUGCAACACAAAGAAGAACUGGCUCUGCAGCAGACACGAUGACUACGUCCUCUGGAAGCAAAAAAUGUUCCCGUAA